AUGGACGGGAGGACCGUGAAGGGAACCAUACGGCAGAGCGCAGGUGGUGUCGGCCGUAACAUCGCGGACGCCCUCGGUAAAUUGCAGAGGUGCCCCCCUCUACUCCUCUCGGCGGUUGGUCCAGACCUCUAUGGCCAAUUUCUGCUGGACAACAUCAAACACCUGAAUUGUUCUGCUGUAGAAACGAAGGAAGGCAGCAGAACUGCUUGCUAUACUACACUUAUUGACAAAGAUGGGGAAACCAGGUUCGGUGUUGGUGACAUGGAUAUUCACAAUACUAUCGAUAAAGAACAGGUGAAGAGAUACAAGAAAGAUAUUGAGAAUGGUUCAAUCUUAAUAAUGGAUGGAAACAUACCUCAAGAAACAAUUAAUGCUACUCUCGAAAUUGCUAGUAAUUCUAAUGUACCAGUUUGGUUUGAACCUACCGAUCUAUCCAAGGCCUGUAAACCACUGGAAACUGAUUUAUGGAAAAAUAUAGCCAUUAUGACGCCAAAUCUUGCUGAACUGAAAGAAAUGGCAAGACAUCUAGGUCAAGAUUUUAAUGAGGAAUUCAACUUCAUCAAUAUAGAAAAACUCUUACAACAAAUAAAAUUUUUGGUGACUCCUCUUACUUUGGAAAUUCCUAUUGUAAUGGUAACAAUGGGACAGCAUGGAAUGUUGAUGGUGAGUUGCUUGACAACAGAUGAACCAGUUUUAAAUGGUUUUACUAAAAAGAUCAGUGAAUGUUAUUUUCGAUAUUACCAACCAAUCAAAAUAUCAAAUGUACAGAACACGUCUGGAGCAGGAGAUUGCACUGCAUCUGGCUUCAUCGCUGGAGCUUUAUCUGGUUUAACCGAGCCAGAGUGUGUGGAGCUAGGUAUGAAGGCAGGCAUAGAUUCCCUUCAAUCAAACAAUCCGGUGCCAGAAAGUUUCAAAGUUUCUUUAGGACAGAAGUAUGCUGUGAUAUCCCCUAUUCUAAUACACAAAGACCAACACAUAAAAUGA